AUGUCGACCACUCUCUCUUCUGCCAUCUGGGAUGAUGUACAUCACAAGUUAGGGGAUAUUGUUGCUUCUUCCCUCAGGCUCAGAGACCAGCUAUUCUACCGUUAUGAGCCCCUCCGAGAUGACCCUGUAAGCAAGAUCGAAUCAGAUGCAACGUCAGAAAUUACUUUGGUGGGUUCAACGACUCCUCCUGCACCCUCAAUCCGCACGGAACCUACUUCAGGUGAAGCUAAUCAAUAUCCUCCCGGUAGCAGCAACGUGUCUCAGAGUGAGGAAUGGCCACCCUAUGACAGUGGUCUUGAUCCUAUAAGAUGCCUGAAAUUCCUUGGAGGCAUGCUUGUUGUCUCUGCUGUCAUAGGAGUUCCCUCGUAUUUCAUUCAGCGUCAUAUCAACUACGCAAAUGAUCACAAGCUCAAAAGUUGGCUUUGCGAAGUUGGACCGACUGAGCAGAUGACAGAGCUGAUCAUGUCUGUUCAGAAUGGUACUACCCCAGCAAACUCCACCUUCGAGGUUGACAUGAGCUGUUACACCCCCAUGUGGGUGCUCACAGGGGACGGGUUCAAAGCCGAUGGUAAGAGCCGCUGGCCUUUCCCACAUUCGAAAAAGAAUGCAAACGAGCUACCCUUGAACUCACUGAUCUUCAUGUGGGAUGGCUCAACUUCGAGGCUGCAGGACUUAGGACUGCGCCAGAUCCAUGGAAGAGAAGCUCUCCAAGGGAAGACCGAGAUUCUUCUUCCCCUCGGCUUGACAGGCUACGACGAAACUCGUACCCCAUGGAAAGAAGGAAAAGAAAGUCGUCUGGUAGAUUAA